GCAUCAUCAUGAGGGUUCUGCAAAGCAUUGGCGUCGUCGCUGCAGGUCUCUGUGCCGCUGUUGAGGCAGCAAGUGCAUGGACGUUCGAUGCAGCGUCGUUGACCGUCACGGGAAAGGCUGCGGAGGGAGCCAAGCAGAGCUUCUCGCCGACCAACCCUCUCGGUGUCCCUGUUCUCUUGCCAGCGUCGUCUACACUCAAAGUUGUCCUUACCGCACAAGAGGGCAAGGCCGCGAAGAGACCGCAUCAGGCUUUCUUGACACUUAGAGAAGAAGAGACUGGACUGGAAGAGUCAUUCGCAUUCAGCGUCAAGGAUAGUGGCAAAGCGAAAGUCGACAUCUCCCAAAAAGAUCUCCCCUUCCAAUUCCUCACUACCUCAAAGCCCAUUCAGGCCUCCGUAGUCCUCGCCUCCUUUGGAUCCUCUACACCCUACUCUGGCCCAGCAUUCCAGAUCAAGAUUCAACAUGACACGACCCCAGCACAAGCCGUGCCUGCUCCACCCGAGCGCUACACUGCCAAACCAGAGAUCCACCACAUCUUCAAAGCUGACCCUCGUUCUCCGCCGACCGUAGUCUCGCUCUUCUUUACGCUCGCAAUCCUCGCGACGGUUCCAGUUCUGCUAGGAGGAUGGGUACUGCUGGGAGGGAACGUGGAGCAUAUGGGUAAAGCACUCGGUGCGAACCCAGUCGCGCAUGGAUUGUUCUUCGGUAGUAUCGUGGCUAUGGAAGGCGUGUUCUUCCUGUACUACACUAGCUGGAACCUGUUUCAGACGCUGCCAGCUGCCGGGAUACUGGGGGUUGUUGCAUUCGUCAGCGGAAGCAGAGCCUUGACUGAAGUGCAGGGGAGAAGAUUGGCUGGACAGCGCUGAAGAUGUGUAGUAGCAAUUCAGCUACACAUAGAGGUUCAGCAUGCUUAAGUCCGGGCCACGAAAAAGACUCGUCAUUUUCACAGAAAGUAGAGACCAUAGAAGUUGUUGGUCAGGUCAAUGACGGCAGAAGAUGAGCACGUGUCUUCCAAGAGGGAAAACGGUAUGGCGAUGAAUCUAUGGCAUUAUGUCUACAUAUAGCCGUGAAGCCAACAUGCUCCGGACGCGACGAAACACUAUACAUAUUGCUAGAGCAAAUGGCAUCCACAAAGCGACCACACUUCCUCAGCAGAGCCCACCUACAACGCCGCAAUGGCUUUCCUC